AUGGAAUUAGCCGUCUCCCACGAAGAUACCGACAUUUUAUUGAAGGAAAAGAACAUCUUGAAUGAAGAUGUCUUGGACAAGUACCGUUUGGCGGGCCAGGUCUCGCAGACCUGUCUCGUGUACAUCACCAACUUGAUCCGCGACUCCUACCACUUGGGCACACACAAGCCGUACACCGCUGCGGAAUUGUGUCUCUUGGGUGACUCUUACCUCAAGUCUGCGCUUGAAACUGUCUACAAGAAGGGCUCCAAGGCCGUCAGAGAGAGAGGUAUUGCCCAGCCAGUCACCAUCGAGUUCAACGAGAUCGUCGCCGGCUUCUCCCCCGAAUUAGACGAGGCCUCCAACAUCACUUUCAAUGCCGGUGACAUUGUAACUAUCACCUUGGGGUGCCAGAUCGAUGGGUACACCGCCAACGUGUCCCACACCAUAGUCAUUUACCCACAGGGCCAGGCCGAUGCUGAGACCCAGCAGGUGAAGCCGGCCGGCCCGUUGUUGGGCGGCAAGGCCGACGCUGUCUGCGCUGCUCAUAUCGCUACUGAGUCCGUGAUUGCGCUCGUCGGUGCCUCUUUGGCCCCAGAAAAACUUCCAGCCGCGCUCAACGCUGGCUCCGUCGUCACCGGUUCCCACAUCAGAACGCUCGUCAACAGCAUUGCGGAGUCCUUCAACUGUGUGGUUGUUCCAGGCUCUAGAAUCAGAAGAAUCCGCCGUUUCUUGGCCGGCCAGGCUGAGGGUGUGGUUGCCGAAAAGGAAUACAAGGGUGUUGUGUGGUCCGAGUCCGAUCAGGAAGAAAAGUUGUUGAACAUGUCCACCAAGUACUCCGCUGAUGCCUCCUCCGAGAUGGUCAAGUUCGACAAGACCCACAACUCCGGUGUCACCUCCGACUCUGCCAUCCCUACUGACGAGUUUGUCGUCAUUCCGGGUGAGGUCUACAUGGUUGACAUCAAGAUGGCCACUUUGAGAGACAUCCAGGAAAUCGGUUUGGUAACCUUGGAGAACGUUGACCAGUUCACCGGCAAGAACCACAACCAAACCACGUUCUCCGCCAAGCCAAGCAUCUACGUCAGAGACUACGCGCUUUCCCACCAUUUGCGCCUCAGAACCUCCAGACAGAUGUUGUCCCAGGUCGACAGAGAGUGCUCCGUGUAUCCAUUUAAGUUGUCCCACACCUCUGCCAACUUCCCUGUCGAUGAGUCUAAGGAUGUUGAGGCCCAGAUGAAGGCGAUCAACGCCGACAUCCAGCAGGCCAGGUUGGGGCUUUCGGAGUUAGUCAACAGACACUUGGUCGCCGCCAGACCAAUCCAGGUUGCCAAGUUUGUGCCCUUGCAGAUCAUUCUCAAUACCGCGAACCCUACCGGUGCCCGUGGGUUCGAUGCCGAAAAGCCAACCCUCCCGGGCUUGGAAUUGCCAUUGCCAAGAUUGGGUGUUUCCUCCUUGAAAAUGAAAUCCUUGAUGAAGAACUCGAUUGCGCUUCCGGUCGCCAGAGAGAUGGCCACCAUCGUGUUGAACAAUACCGGUGCUACCAGUCAACCGGAAGUCUUGAGAUUAACCGGUGGUAAGACUUCUGUUCCGUCUUGGGUCCACUCUGACCUUCAGUUGAACGGUGAGUUGGCCCAGACCGUCUCCCAGUUGAUGCAAUUGACCCAGGGCAGAUUUGGCAUCAAGGUCCGCGAGUGCCAGCCGUUCAACUGCAAUAACUAA